UGGCCCAGGGGCGGCCGGGCGGGCCUCGGGACGGCGGAGCGCCAUGCUGGAAUCCAUCCGUGUCACCGAAAAACUUCACUGGCCUAAGCAAGAACUGUCUAAGAAAUCAAUCCUGAGUCCAGAAGAACAUAAACUGAAUGUCAAUAAUGAGAAGAGCCUCCAGCAUCCAUCUCCUGGGGUCCUUAAGGACAUUUUUACAACGGGAACCAGCAGCUACAACGUCCUUCUGCAGAGCAAGGAAGAGAAGAAGCACCAUGCUCAGAAGCAGUCACCUGCUCACCACAAGAAACACAGGAAAGCCACAAAGUGCUCCAGCACCUUGCGAAGCAACGAGCACUGCAAAAUCAAGGUCCCACUGCCCUUGCUCAGCAGUGGGUGGUGCUGCUCAGACCAGCAGCCCUCUGUCCUCAUCUCCAGCCCCAUCUCUAAUGGCGUGAAGCUUGCAAACAGCAUCUCAGCUGCAGGGAAUGGCAUAGGACUGCCACCUCGACCCAGAAGCAGAGCUAAGAGGCACUGUAAUCAGACAAAGCCAAAGCAGUCCCCAUCAUCAAAAAGCCAUGGGAAAGAGGGAGAUGAUUCCAGCCGAAAGCAAUGUUUGCUAACUGCAAUCAAGCCUUCCAACGUGGAGAAAGAGAAAAUGAAGUUCUUUAAGUCAGAUUUCACAUACAAUCCUCAGUUUGAAUAUGAAAACCCUGCUUUGCCAAACAUAUUAGCUAAGCAUAGCCAAGCAUCUGACAGAUUUCUUAAGCAGUCCAUUAACAUUAUGGAGCGGACACUGCAGAAAUACGGAAGCUAUGAAAAGUUUGAACAGGCCACCGGUGGCAGCUUGCUGAGCAAAAGCCGCAUCUGGAAUCAUGUUAGGAAAUACAUGGUGAAGGAAGGCUGUCUUGGUGAGAUUGUGGUCCAUCUCACGGAGGACCUGCUUUCUCGAGCCUCAAUGACGGUGGUGAAUGGCCGCCCCACUCUCACCAUCAAUAUCUCCACUGCGAGAGAGCACUGGCUGGAAGGGAUGCUGAGACAUGAAAUUGGAACUCAUUAUUUCCGGGGCUUUAACAACAAUAGCCAGCCUUGGUGCAACUGGAAUGGACGUAGAAAACAUGGGUUGAAACCAAUCAACCCUACAGAAGAAGGGCUGGCAAGCAUCCACAGCGUCCUGUUCCGCAAAGACCCUUUCCUCUGGAGGGCUGCCCUGCUCUACUACACCGUCUAUCAGGCCAGCCAGAUGUCCUUCAGCCAGCUGUUCCAGGACGUGGGGAAAUUUGUCCAGGACCCCAAUACCAGGUGGGAUUACUGUGUACGAGCCAAGAGGGGCUGGACUGACACAUCACAGCCAGGCUGCUUCAAUAAGGAUCAGGUGUACUUAGAUGGCAUCCUCCGAAUCCUGAGAUACAGGGAGUCCAUCGAUUUCCACCUUCUGACAGCACUUGGCAAAAUCUCAUAUGAAGACGUGGACCGUCUGAAAGGGUUGGCUGUGAUUGAGAACAUGAGGGUACCACACUUCCUGCAAGACCAUGCCCGGUAUAUGGAGCACUUGGAAAAGAUUAUGGAGGUCAAUGAGCUGACUGAUGAGGAGCUCCAGGAUCUCAUAGACUAACAAUAGCAGCCAGCUGCUCGCUCUGUGCAAUGAGGACAUAGAACUGGACUUCUGAGAGGUUGCAAAAAUGGACUGAGCAAGGGUGGAGCAGGAGGAAAAGGCAGCCAGAGUAUGUGGAAUUCAGAAAAAGCCCCUUUGUGUUCCUUUUGCAUUGUGAUUGUAUACGAAUGGGGUUUUUUUAAGAGUUUGUGCAUAUUUGAGUCUGGUUUAGGAAUCCCUUUGCAGUGACCUGUCCAGCCACCUGCUCUGCUUUGCGGGCUAGGCGUAGUGCUUGUCACUUUCCUUUGUGAUAUACUGCCUUUUCCCAUCCAGAUUUAGAGGUGGAGGAAAGGAGAAAGAGGGGAAAUUCCCCUUUUGUCUACUCAAGUACUCUGCCUUUGGUCAGCUUUCACAGCUUGUAGAGAUAGCAGCUUGUAGUUAUGCUACCUCAUUGUCUGUGUGACUCUUUCUUAUUUGUCAUCACUGCAACAAGUUUAAAACCAUAAUCACAGUGCACAGAAGCGGGUCUUUGUGCAACAGCUCUGUGAUACCAUCAAAAAGUUGUGGUUUCUUUUUUUUAUUAGGAGAUUCAGAUGAAGAAAAAAAAAGAAAAAAAAAAAAGGUAUUGCUGUUUUGAUGACUGCAAACAGGCAGCAAAAUUAUCUUCUUUGUUAUUCCCCCAGAUUGCUACUUUUCCACAUCUCUGUCUGUAUAGUACAUGUUUAGGAAGCUGAGAUCUGGAAGGGUCUCUCUCCUUUGAGGACAAGUGUAUCAUGGCUAGUAAGUCCUGUAGGGCAGCAUUUUGGAAGAAAGCUUGGGCAGAACUGUGAUUUUAUGACUUGUUUUUUAUCAGUACAAUCAGGAACACAGGGAUGUAAGUCAGCACAGCAGGCAGCACUCCUCGUCUGGGUCUCCUGAGCCUCCAGAGCAUCAAGUCACUUUCUGAGCAGUAUCAGGCCUCGGUGCUACAGUAAAGUUGUGCUCAUUGCAGAAAUGAGAUGUGGGAGAAAAGCAGACUCCCAGGUGCCCUGUUCCUGUGUUCCUACAGGACUGCUGCACACUUUAAGCAAACUUACCUCUGUUUUACCUGCCGGUGCUUUAUCCAGAAACAGGUAGAGAAAGUGUGUUACUGUGAGGCACUGCUGGCCACGUGGUAAAUAGCUUUGAUGGCACAGGAGGGCUUACUGCAUAAACUGCAUUUUCUGAAUUCAGAGUAUGAUGGAUUGUUGAGGCCAGAUGAGUUUUGCACCUCUAAGUACUUUGAGAACUGGUUUGGUUUUAGCAGGCAGCAUUUUAGCAGCGCUCCUCUGAGCUCCUGGGGAAGCAGCUGUGAUGCAGGAGGCUGUGCAGGAAGAUGGGAGCUCCAGAAGGCUUCUGCCAGUUCUUCCCCUCGUGCUGUGACCCACAGAUAACAGGCCCAGCACUGAAUAAGGCAAGUAAGUGGAGACAAGGUUUCCUCCACACGGGCUCAGAGGUCUGAAGAGGUCUGAAGGUUUUUGAGUGACCCCAUCAAACCAGCUGCCUUUUAGGCAGCACUGCAGGUGUGCUCACAGCAGCUGGCUGACUGCUUCAGAAAAUAAAAUGUGUUCAACAAAGAUAAAUUUACUAAAUUCGGUUAUUUUCAAGGCAGGGACCAAGAACCCCUCACAGUAGCCUUAAUUUUAUAUUGUCAGUCUUGUUUGCUAUCUGGAAGCCUUUCAGCCUCUGUGUGCAGAUAUAAAAACUUUUUUUUUUUUCCUUUUCUUUUUACAAGUUUGAUCGCUUGUAGCUUUGCCUGCCCAGCUUUGUUGAAGAACCAAACCCAGCAGAUGUAGCACUGCAGCAGCCCCCUGGGAACGAUCUGCAGUCCUGCACCCAUGCUCUCCAGAUACUGGCUCAUUUGCUGGAAGCAGCAAGAAAGCCACGCAUGGCAGGGGUCGAGUCAAAGAUCACAGCCAAAAGGCAGCUGCAGAGCAGAGCUGCAGAGAACUGGGCUCACUUUGCUGAUCCAGGGGAACACGAGGGCCGCUCCUUUCUGAAAGGGACAGCUUUGAACGGAUAUUUUAACUGUAGAUAAUUCCUCAUCAGUGCAGUUCUACAUCAAGUGUCCCAGUGGUUGUGUGUUACAAAGUAAGGGUGUCACUGUCACAGGUCCUUGGAAGCAGGAGGCCGUGCCAGCUUCCCUGCAGUGCUGCAGCACGCCCUGCUCGCAGCUUUUCCUCCAGCAGCCCCUGGGCUCUGUCACUGCACCACCAGAUGUUCCUGCAGCCGUAGAUGCUUUCCUUCAGGACCUGCAGGUCCUUUCCAGAGCAGCAGGUAUCACUGGACUUCUGUUCUUUGUUAUCCUAGAAGUAGGUUUGCCUAGAGCAAGGUUAGAGUCUGGAAGUGGUCUGUAUAAAGAUGUUACCUUACCAGCAGGUGAGAAACCUGCCUGCUUCUGUUUUCAGCACUUAUUUGUCCUUCCUCCUUUGUAAAAGCGUUUCAGAUUUUGAAGUGUACCUUUUGUAAGGUUUCCUGAUUUUCUUUUUUCCUGGUUACUAAGUCAUGGUACAAAAGUUCUGUAAUAAAGUUUUUGGACAGCA